CUCCCUGACUUCUUCCGCUUGUUAUCACGUGACAUCACAGUCCCACCCUUACUACUAGAGCACAGACUGAGACAGUCCUAAAACUUUCAAGAUGUCGAUCCGACAAACUUUAACAAUUACAGAUGAUCAACUGGUCGAGUUAAUGGAAACAUUUAACACGAUUGACAAAGAUGGCAGUGGCUCUAUAGAAGUUUCUGAAUUACAACAUGCUCUAGAACUGUGUGGAAUGAAAAUCCCCAGCUACCAGGUCCGUGACCUUAUAGCCAAAUACGACACAAAGGUCAAGGAUGGGAAAAUCGACAUCGACGAAUUCAAACAGAUGUAUGCUGACUUGAAAGCGGAAAAAGAUAUCGGAAUAACGUUUAAAAAGCAAGUCCAAACUCGUAAAGAUGUGGAAACGAUGGGAGGGAGUUCCCAGGCCUCAGUGGAGGGUACCACCCACACCGUGAGGAAGGAGGAACAGAAAGCCUUCGCGGACUGGAUCAACAGGGCUUUGGCUGAUGAUCCAGACUGUGCCAAGUACCUCCCUCUGUCCUCCACCGGUGAGGAUCUGUACAAAAAGACCCAGGAUGGUAUCCUUCUGUGUAAACUUAUCAACAAAUCUGUACCAGACACCAUUGAUGAACGUGCCAUCAACAAGACAAACCUCAGCAUUUAUCGCAGGGCGGAGAACCACAAUUUGGCCCUGAUGUCGGCCCAGUCUAUCGGCUGUAACAUUGUCAACAUCGGGGACGACGAUCUGGAGAAGUGUAAACCUCAUCUUGUUCUCGGCCUCUUGUGGCAAGUCAUUAGGAUUGGUCUGCUGAGUGAUAUUAACUUGGCUAACCACCCUGGUCUUGUCAACCUCCUGGAAGAAGGAGAAACCCCAGAAGACCUUAAGAAACUGUCUCCAGAACAAAUCCUCAUUCGCUGGGUUAACUACCACCUCAGGAACGCCGGGAUCGACCGCAGGAUCAAUAACUUCCAGAACGACAUCAAGGACUCUGAGGCUUACUGCUAUUUACUGGAGCAGAUCGCACCAAGAGAAAAUGGUGUCAUGGCAGGUCCACCUAUGUCUGAACAUAAUUUGGAGCAGAGAGCUGAGCUCAUGUUACAGGAGGCAGAUAAGAUCGGCUGUCGCAGCUUCGUGUCGCCUAAAGACGUGACGUCGGGUAACUAUAAGUUGAACAUGGCCUACGUGGCUAACCUGUUUAACCAGUACCCAGCCCUGGAACCCCCAGAGGACAUGGAGAUGGACGUCGUAGAAGAAACCAGAGAGGAAAAGACAUACAGAAACUGGAUGAACAGUCUGGGAGUGCAGCCCUAUGUACAUUAUCUUUACUCCGACCUCCAGGAUGGUCUUGUGUAUUUCAAAUUAUAUGACAUUAUCAGACCGGGGGUUGUGAACUGGAAGAAAGUCAUUAUGAAGUUCAACAAAUUAAAAAUUAACUUUGAAAAAUUAGAGAAUUGUAACUAUGUAGUAGAACUAGGAAAAGAAUGUAAGUUUUCCUUGGUGGGCAUCAGUGGAGCAGAUAUUAAUGAAGGAAACCCCACACUGACACUUGGUCUUGUGUGGCAGUUGAUGAGGGCGUACACACUAAGUAUCCUCAGACAGCUGGCUGGAGGGGAUUCUCUUAUCAACGAUGCAGCCAUCAUUGAGUGGGCUAAUGCCAAGUUGCGAGAGGGAGGUAAGAAGAGCAGCUUCACAGGUUUCAAUGAUGCCACUUUGUCGGACGGCAAAACGAUCAUCGACCUCAUUGACAGCAUCAGGAGAGGAAUGAUCAACUACGACUUAGUAAAGGAUGGACACUCAGAAGAGGACAAGAUGUCCAAUGCUAAAUAUGCCAUUUCCAUGGCCAGGAAAGCCGGAGCUAAGGUGUACGCUUUGCCUGAGGACAUUGUGGACGUUAAACAAAAAAUGAUUAUGACCAUUUUCGCCUGUCUUAUGGCUAGAGACAUGAGAAGCCAACAAAAUGGAGAAACAUCGUAGAAAACCUUCAUAAUCAGUAUCAGCUUGCAUUUUCUGAUUGUGCAACAACAAGUCAAAAAAUUGCUUCAAAUAUUUUUUUCUUUAUUCACUUAGUUUCAAUAUAUUAUAUGGAACUGCUAGAAAGGUAUAGAACGAAUGGAUAGAUAAUUAAAUUGGGCGAGCAGAUGGAAAAGUGAAAAAUCAUGGAUGAUUUUGCAGUAUUAUGUUUGAAGACAAAAACUUUCCAUGUUUUGAAAAUAAGAAAUUUUAUUCCUACGUUUCUUCCAAUAUAUGCAAACAUUGUCUUAGCAAUAAACUAAAACAUAUGCUCAUGUACUUAAUUGUUGGGUGUAUAAGAUUUCCUGUUUACUGGAAAUUUUGAAAAACGUGGACCAAAAUGUUCCAACACUAUGCAAUGGGACCACUUCAUAUACAUUUUUCAGAUGUAUAGUCAGUAGAAAAGUUUCAUAAUUUUAUUUUUCUAAUUUUUGGAAAAUAAUUUUGUUUUCAUAUUUAUUUUAUGAACAAUAUGAAAGUAUACACUUCCUGUAUAUUUGUUCACCAUAUUAUCUGUGAUUUUUUUUAUAUUACUUUUGAACUAUCAUGACAUUAAACAAUCAUAUAUAAUGAAAAAACUGAAAGUGAUGCAUAAACCUGUCUCUGUAGAGUCUAGUUAUUAAGUCAUGUAACCAGUAGUGUUAGUCAAAAGUUCAGAUCUGAUGAUAAAACAUGGUGGAUAAUUAGGACAAGGAAUCGAUAUAGUGCUGGAUUAAGUGGAUUAAAAUGCUUCCAUGUAACAUUCCAGUGAGAGACUUUGAAAUCUUAUUUAGGUCAGAAAAAUAUCAUUUUUUGACUGUUGAUUGUUCUUAUUGGAACAUUUGUUGAAAACUCUGUUAAUAGGAGAGAACCUUAUUUAUAUAAGUGUGACCACUUUGAAUGGUUUGAACAUAUGCCUGUAAUCAUUUUGUAUCAUUAUUAUAGAAACAUUUCACCAUCAACAGAAAAUUUAUUUUUUAUCUUGUCUAAUUAUUGCUGUUAUUGACAUAUGCUUGAAUGAAUAAAAGCCUAAAAAAUAACCUUUAUACAUUCUAGAUUUAUUAAUAAAACCAAUUUGAAAACAAAA